CAGCUGUUUCUUGUGUGUGUGACGAAUGUUUUUUGUGAAAAUAAACGUAAAUAGUAAAUUACUCUUAGCUUCACAGUUAUUUUAAUUAGUUUUAAUGAGAUAAAACAGGAGACAUGUUGCCAGGAAUAGGCGUCUUUGGUACCGGCGCGAUUGCUAAAGUUCUAGUGCCAUUCCUCAGGGAGAAAGGAUUUGCUGUCGAAGCAAUAUGGGGAGUAACACUUCACGAAGCCGAAGUCGCAGCCAAGGAGCUUAAAAUUCCGUUUUUUACCAAUAAAAUCGAUGAUGUACUUUUAAAGAAGAACGUUAACCUUGUAUUCAUUGUUUGUGCCCCGAAUUUACACGCGCAAAUAUCUGUGAAAGCUCUGGGAAUAGGAAAACAUGUAGUGUGUGAUAAACCGGCGGGGCUGUGCCAGGCUGAGGCGCUCAAGAUGGUCCGAGCUGCACAGUAUUAUCCUACUUUGAUAUCCAUAGUCAAUCACUCUCUCAGAUUCCUGCCAGCCUUCAGUCACAUGAAGAAAACCAUCCAGGAUGGCUACUUGGGCAACCCAGAUGAGUUAACAUUGAUAGAUGUUCGUGUACAAAUGGGAUCCCUUUUAGGAGAGACCUAUAACUGGUUGUGCGAUGAUACUAUGGGUGGUGGCACUCUUACACUUGUUGGCAGCCAUGUCAUAGAUUUAGUCUCAUACUUAACGGGACAGAAAGUUGUUAAAGUCCAAGGCGUGUUAAGAACAUUUGUAGAUGAAACACCAAAAGUCAAUGGUAUUAGAAAAAUCACUGCCCCAGACUUCUGUACAUUCCAGCUACAAAUGGACAAGGGUUUAUUAGUGACAGCAACAUUAAAUAAUCACCUGCCAGGCCCAUGUUUCAAUCAAGAAAUUUGUGUUUGCAGUAAAAGAGGUUACUUGGUAGUGAGAGGUGGUGACUUACAUGGGAAGUUGCAUAAACCAAAUGUUUCAAAGAUUUCAGAAGAUGAAGGUAAAAGGCCUCAUGAUAAGGAGGAGGUGAUAUAUGUUGAUGUUGAAGAUUUGAGUUGUGCUUCAAGUGUUGUUCCCAAGCCAUAUAUCAAGGGUCUUUGUAAGAUGAUUAGUGCAUUGAAAGAAGCUUUCUUGCCUGUGAAGGAACAGAUGGAUUGGGUGAAAGAGCCUGUGAGAGCCGCUGCAACAUUUGAAGAUGGACAGAGAGUACAAGCUACUAUGGAAGCUUUACGGCAGUCAAAUGAGGAUGGUUGUUGGACAUCAGUGCAACUACUGACCGAGCCCCCCGACCCCAACCCAGCAUUGUCUGCUGCAGUGAGACGAACGGCCAUAUCUCUACAAUAGUUACAUUAAAUUAUUUAUCAUUGAUAUAUGCCAUCAUAAUGUACCUUUGUUAUUUUAAGCUUAGGUUAAUAUAAGGUACCUAUUUACAAAGUUUUAUUAAUUGUACACACAGUGGUGCUAAUUCCUGUAAAUACCAUCUAAUUUUAUUUUAAGUUAUAUCUGUCAUUUUCUUAUCCGCCGAAAAGGAAAGGGACGGGUAAUAGACAAGCAUAAAAUUUAUGGAACACACGUCAAUUUUAAGCACAAAUCUAAACCGUCUAAAAAUUUUACAUCAGUCAAUAACCCGACACAUUCAUUUACUCAUUCUUCCUAAAAUUAAGAGCUGUGAAUCAUCCGUCCCUUUCCUUUUCGACGGAUAUGAAAAUGACGGAUAUAACUUAAAAUAAAAUUAGGCGGUGUCUCCAGGAAUCGGGGCCAGUAUUCACAUAAAAUCUCAAUAGAACUUUUAUAGCUUAGUAACUUUUUUUUUGAAACAAAAACAAUAAUCGGCAUAAAAAAUUGCUAAUGAGAUUAUAAAGCCUUGGAAAUAGUGAGAAAUCAUUACCAUUGUUUUGUCUAUCUGGUUAAUAUUGCAUUUACUGUUAUUGUAAAGAUACUGAUAUCAUGAAAAAAUUGCUUUUAACUUGCCAUUUAAAACUUGCUAUUGAACUAACAUUUAUAGAAGAAACAAAUCAGUAUUUUAAUUUUCUUAACAAGAGGUUAGCUUAAUGUUGUUGCGAAACGAUUGUACCUAGCCUAUCACAAAUUAUUUACUUUAAAUUGCAACUGUUUGUAAUACUGUUCCAGAGUUUGAGUAAGAUAAUUUACCUAUUAUGUUUUAUAAUUAUGUAAAUAUUUUUAAUAAAUAGACAGCAAAAUAGAAAGAGUGGUACAAAAAUCCAUUUUAAUUUCAUCAUCAUCAUGAAUAAGCAUCCAGUUGGAUGUAUCGGGCUUAUUCACGAUGACGAUGAAAUAGACAGCAUCUAUGAAUAACCCAAGAACUGUAAGUCAGUUUCACUGCUAAUUUAAAAUUAGAACCUUACUAGAAUUAGAAACUUAGGAUGUUUGUCAAACUUGCUAUUUUCAGUGCAUACUAACAAGAAGCUUGCAACAUCAGUUUAGUAUAUGUGGAACUGACUACCCAAUUCCUGGGGCUUAUCGGAGUAUUAAUUGUUACCCUGAAGAUGGUAAAAUGAACGGCUUACUGUGAUUAUUGUUCAAAUUAUGUCUGGUUGUAUGAAUUUAUAUGUGGCUAAUACUUAAGCAAAUAAAGAAUUUAAUAUACA